AUGACACCACCUAACAUUAACUUAUCAUCUGACGCCUUAACCAAUCUGGACAUAGAAAUAAUUGGUCAUGCAUUAAAAGUGAAUCAAAGUCUAACUACACUUCUUUUGUUUCGGAACGAAAUUGGUGAUAAUGGUGCUCGAGCACUAAGUGAUGCAUUAUUGGUCAAUCAAAGUCUAACUACACUUCUUUUGUUUCGGAACGAAAUUGGUGAUAAUGGUGCUCGAGCACUAAGUGAUGCAUUAAAAGUCAAUCAAAGUUUAACUCAACUUGAUUUGAGUGGGAACAAAAUUGGUAAUAAUGGUGCUCGAGCACUAAGUGAUGCAUUAAUGGUCAAUCAAAGUCUAACUCAACUUCAUUUGCGUGGGAACAAAAUUGGUGAUAAUGGUGCUCGAGCACUAAGUGAUGCAUUAAUGGUCAAUCACAGUCUAACUACACUUUGGUUGUAUGAGAACGAAAUUGGUGAUAGCGGUGCUCGAGCACUAAGUGAUGCAUUAAAAGUCAAUCAAAGUCUAACUCAACUUGAUUUGCGUGGGAACAAAAUUGGUGAUAAUGGUGCUCGAGUAUUAAGUGAUGCAUGA